AUGUCACCUAGACGCCACCAUGUGGCGGAUUUGGUAGAGAAUGUUGGGAUUCGACGCCCUAAACGGGUGUUCACGUCGUUGAAUUUGAUUAAAAAUAUUUCAAGACGGGUAUACAAAGUGUUGCUCACCAAUGGCGCGACUGGAAAAUUGACACAAAUCGGCAGUCUCUCCAGCUUUCGAGUAACCAAGGCACAUCCUCACGGAGGUGGCUUGCAAAGACACUCGCGGGUCGAAUUUCUAGAGCUUGAAAUUUUUGCUCUUAGUGACAAGUAUUAA